CCUCUGGGCAAAGGCUGAGCGAGCACUGAGAGACAGCUGAGAAUUAGAGAGAGAGAGAGUGGAAGAGGGAGAGAGAGCAGUGAAGUGGAAAUAUGGGUGAGCAUCAGAGGAAGACAGAAAUAGAGCGAUAAAGCAGUGAAGUAGGCAGAGGCAGUGAGCGGAGGAGGAGAGUCUUUCUCUGGCGCUGAUGCUUCAUGCAGACCAGCUUAUUUCUGCUAGCAGGGAGCUCUGGUGUGUGGAUGUGAGAACCUUGUGGAUUUGCUCCAGUCUCAGUAGAAUUCAUUGCACCAGGAUCCAAAACAACAGACAGAGGAUGCGACCGUGGCUGGAUGCUAGCAUCCAUGUGGGCCUGUGACGUCUGCACCUCUGUGGCUACCUUCUUCAUCAUAAGGAUGCUUCCAGCAGCACUGACCCAGAUUGUGGAGCUCUCCACUGUGCUCUGCUCCUCCGGUGGUCUCUGAAUGUGAUGUGCGAGAGGAAUGAUCUGCACCUCCUCUACUGACAUCUGUCUCUGUGGAUACUCACAGCUUCCGACAGGCGACGCCAGCAACUGAUCCAUCACAGUAACCCUCAGCUGGAGAACACACAGCACCUGGCCGUGGGGAGAGGGGGGUCUCAGCAGGGGGGCCGGCAGAUGGUGACACUGCAGCAGCACUUCUCCAGCAUGGAGGAGACGGUGCGGACGCUCCUACAGAACCAGGACUCACUGGAGGGGCCCAAAGUGGACCCGCUGGACCUGAUGAAAGCCUACAAGGACAAACUCCUGGAGGAGAUGUGGAAGCAGCAGGACAGCCUGGAGGGUCCAUCCGCCCCCCCCGCAGAGAGGCCUGCUGAGUCGGAGGCCGGCGGAGGGUCGGAGGACAGCAACCCCUUGCUGCAGCGCCUCAGAGCCCUGGAGGCUGAAAACUCUGCUCUGUCCAUGGAGAACGACACUCAGAGGAAGCAGUAUGAACGCUGUCUCGAUGAGGUGGCCAACCAGGUGGUCCAGGCACUGCUCACACAGAAGGACUUGAAAGAAGAGUGUGUGAAGCUGCGGACCCGUGUGUUUGACUUGGAGCAGCAAAACCGCAUACUGAGUGUUCUGUUUCAACAACGUGUCAAGAUGUCCACGGCUCCUGUCUCCCAGGAGGUCCAAAGGAAUGGAAAAGCGGGUGUUCCUGCAGGGCGGUGGCCUAGCCUGCUGAGUCUCACCUGCCCGCGCAGCAGCGGCAGCAGUGGCAGUGAGCUGUCUCUGUCCAGUGCUUGUAGUGAAUACUCCAGUGGCUCCCACACCUGGGCGGAGGGGCGGGGAUUCUCCAAACAGUGUGCCACAAGCCGGGACAAAAGGAUGAGCACGGGUUCAGUUUCAAGUAAUCACUCUGCACCCAUCGAGCAGACAGACCUGGGAUGGAAGGAAGGCCACAUUCUGAAAGGCCUAAAGCAUCUCCAGAUGUGCAGCUCCAAAGAGGCAUCCUCAGCUGCAACUGUGCAACACUGCAAAGACUGCAUGAUCUCCAACGAGGGCAUAUACUCAUUUGGUUUCAAGUGUGGCCAACAAGGGAGUACUGCCAAGCAGGUAGCCCCUACAAAUCAACCUUUGAAGGCUGGAGCAGGGACUGCUGCCCUCGACUCUGAUGAUGCAGAUGAUGACUCAACUAAAUUACAAAGUUGUCAAUCCCAUGACCAACCAACAAGAGAGCUUGUUUGCUUGGAUAAACUGGAUGUAGCAAGAGAUAAUGACAACAAUUUCCAAGAAGAACCUGUAAAACUUGCAGGGGAUUCUGGUCCUUUUCCUUCCCCUGUCACAGACAACUUCUUAUUUUUGGACGACCCCACAGUAAAACCUGGCAUAAGCCCAACCACUAGCUUCACGCAUUUGGAAGAAAAAAACAAAGACUCAAUAGAAAAACAAAAACCUUCAGGCAUGAAGUUAAGUGACAAAAACAAUAACCAGGAAAGGUCUACUGACCGUAAAUCCAGACUUGAUCAUGUCAAAAAACAACAGAGUAGACUUGUACUUACACAAGUUGAAGCUGGGAAGAAUGAAGUGAGCUCUUCUAUUCAGCAUUUUGCAACUAAAGCUCUGAGCUGUGUGAACGUAGCCAGACAGCGUAGCUCCUCUAUGGAGGUUCCUCACUGCAGAGACCAUGCAAAUCAAGCUGGCUGUGAAAACCAGAACCACACCAUCUCAGAAUCUUCACAGAGGAAACCCAAACCUCAGCUUUGUGACUCCGCAAGAAAGGCUUUUAUUCUGCGGAGCAAGAGUGCGGAUGGAGGGAAAGAACAAACUAAGCAAACACAUUCACCUCUCCACCAGAAGCUUAUUAAGGGCCACAGGUCCAAAGGACAAUCAAACCCUCCUGGACACAGUGUUCCUAGCAAAAGGACAGAUCUCAGCAAUACAAAUUCUUCGAGCAAGGGAUCCCUAUGUCAAGAUGAGAAAGAGGAGGAAGUUGCGGUAUCAGCAAAUUCCAAGUCUAUAAAGAGUGUGCGCUCUCCGCUUGCUUCCCCUGUGAAACAUUCAAAGGCAUUUAAGCCUCCAGGCAACAAUGAAUGUUCAAAGAGCCCAAAUAAAUCACCUUUGCAAAUCAAUAGACUUCAAUCAAACAAUGAGCCUGUAGAAGAGAGCAUCUAUGACAACUUACCUUGCUCUCCACGAAAACAGCGACGCAAAGACCAGCACUGUGAUAGUACCCGUUCAGAAAUUAGGUCCCCAUUCCUACCGCCACCCCCAGGUCGAACAACUUCUCUAGUCCUUAGGCCAAGUAGUGACAGCUUACUUAAAGCAACAUCUGCAGGUCAGCCUCAAAGCUCUACAACUGGGAAGACAACAUCCAACGUCACGAAGCAACAAUCAAAUAUUUCUUCAAUUUCACAGCUGCAACUAUCCAACACUACAAAGGACAAUCAACAUGCAGCCCCACUAUUGAGCACUGACGGUAAGUCAACGAAGGAUAUUCCUGCCAAAGUUUACCCUACCAACUCAUCCAAGAUGCCCCCUGUCCCAGCUCGAGAGUCUUCAGAGUUAGUCCAGCUCUCUAUGGACAGAACUGCCAUAUGCCAUAUUGAACAUGGUGCUCCCAAUAUAUUUCCAACUCAAAGCAUAUUACAGAGAUCCCAACAGAGCAUUAGUGAGCCAAAACUUUCAGAAUUCUUGCCUCAGGCAUAUUCUAAUGUUUACUACCAUGGGGUUGCCAAUAAUCAUCAAGGUCCCAACUCCAAUGCUGUCAAAAUGGCUCUUCCUGCUAAUGCUAGAUCUCAUGAGGCUAUUGCUGGACAGGAAACUGGUACCUUCCUAUCUUUUGGAAGACAUAACAAAGAUGACAUUAACUCUACUGCAAAAAGUAUCCAUACCUUUCAGACUUUUACAUGUGAUCCCCAGAUGAAACAUGAAUGUGGAGCUCAUGAUAAAGUCCGGCGGAAGAUUGAGACCCGCUGUAACUCGCUGGAUUCUGAACCCCCAGUUCAACCUGUUGCCUCAGACAGCGGUGUGAUGUUAGAUUGGGGAUUUGAUGAGGAAGGUUGGCUGUUUAAACGGUCUGUGUCUGUAUCAACCAGACCUCCCCUUAAGCCAGUAAUGGGCAUGAAUGGGGCUAAGGCUCGUAGCCAGAGCUUUGGUGCACGCUACAUGGACAGGCCAAGUUUCAACAGAUCUGGUAAGGUCCGUACCCAGAUCAAAACACACUCAGGGAGCUCCUUGAACUCUCUAAGUGAUGUCCUUCCAGGAAGUAUGAGCUGCUCCAGCAGCUACCAUUGUCCAAUGAACAGAUCUCUUUUAAACAAUUUCUUGAUUGAAGAGGGACUGACAACCCCUUCACAUUUGGGCUCCUCUACUGAAAGACUUCAGAGUCUUAAACACCAACGAGAGCAAGUUAGACGCCUUCAGAUUGAGCAACAGUUUUCGAGCGCCUUUGGCGAGCCAGUUUCUGAAGAACCAGAGGGGCAGAGUACUAUAACAACAAUCGAAGAAAAAGUGAUGCUGGGCAUAGAAGAGAACUUGCACAAGACUCAUGAGCAGGAGAGAACCACUGAAGUGAAACAAAAAUCUGGCUCAACCUUGGCUAAUUGGUUUGGUUUUCGUAAGAGUAAGCUUCCUGCUCCAAGCUGUAAAAAGACUGAUCCACCAAAAGUAAAAGAGGAAAAGAGGGAGCAAAAGAUGACAUCACUUCUGGGAGGAAAGCAGUCAAAGUCUGACAAAAAGAAAGACAGAAGAAAAAGUGAUGGAAAAGAGUGCUCUGUGGGGAUAAGAGAGUCUCAUGAUGCAGUUCGGGCAUGCAUCUCAACGCCAUGCCCAGGAAUGUCCCUGAGUGAGAUACAAGGACACACUGACAUCAUUGGGGACCCGAAGAUGCAGGUGAUGAACAUUAGAGCCGCUAAUGAAAAUGGAUCCACAGUGAAGAGCUCCAACCAGGAUGCUGUAAUAGGUCAGAUUCUUCUAUUCUAUUCUCUGUGCUCAGGCUGCAAGAUGCGGACAUUGGACAGUGGGAUCGGGACCAUCCCCCUUCCUGAAUCCUGCUCCUUCUUCUCCUCCAUCCUGCAACUCCUCCCUAAGUCCUCCUCAACCCCAGACCAGUCCCUCAGUCCUCCCAGUAUCCCCGGCUCCUCCAGCAAGGAUGUGUCUCCUUCCCCUUUACCCCGCUGGAGAAUACCCUCCGGUUUUAAGGACAGCAGCCAUGCAGGGGGGCCAAACUCCUUCUCCAGCUCCUCCAUGACCCAUAUCCACUCAGUGCCUUUCCCCACUGUGGCCUUCCUCCAGCCCAUCCAACCCCAGUCUCAACCCAUUGUGACGUGUUCCAGUGUGUGUGAUACCCAGAGCAGGCUGCCCAGACCCCCCCCAGGUGGGAUGGAACCAAAGAAGUUGACCUAUAUCAAAUCCAAAACCCGAGCCACUUCGAGCCAACAGAAAGAGCAGACAAGACUUCAGCUCGCCAACUAGUUCACAAAGCUGACUGAGUCUACCUGAAGCAACGAAUCAAUCGGAUUUCUCACUCUAACACAUAUGGAGGAUCCCUGAAUCCCAAAGUUUGGACAGUGUGUCUCUGUAUCAGGAUGAAACACUCAGAGCUGGACAACCAGUGAGCUUGGCAUCGAGGGCUUCCACCUGUGCUCAUUGUGGGGCUGAGAUACUGAGUACCAUUUCAGGUGUUUUGGAGGUUUCCAGCUCAUUGACAUCAGCUGUGAGCUGCUGAUAGAGUUUCAUAAUGUACAGCUCUGCUGAGUCACAGGACUGGAGUUAAACAGGCGUGGUUAUUUUACCUGACAUUUUAUUCUCUAUUUUUAACUCUAAGAAGUAACAUUUUGCAAAAACAUCAAAAUGCCAGGCUUCUUUUUUAUUGUUAAUAUGAGUUUAGCUAUUGUAGCCUUUUCAUAGCUCACUAUAAUCAUCAUGUAGACCCCGUUUAAGCUAAUGUUUGACACCAUUAGCAUGUUUACAAUGCAAACAACAUAAGUUGUUAGCUAGCAUAGCUUCCUCUGCUAACUGUUCAACCCAGUCUCGCGGCAUUUCGUGAUAUAGUCACGACAUUUCAUCUAUUGAUUCGUGUUCACCAACCCGGUCGGGUCUUGGAAGACCGGAAGCUGUGUGGUUCAUAAAAACAUGUUCUUACUCAAUAUCAAGCCACGAUUAUUGUUUUUAUUUUUAAAUCGUAUAAUGUCGGACUUUUUUUGCAGUUCGUGAAGAAAAGAAAUAGGGCUCAGAGCCUCAGAAUACUGAAAUCUGUAUGUUGUUGGUGAACACGAAUCAAUAGUUUAAAUGUUGUGACUAUAUCACAAAAUGCCGUGAGACUGGGUUGAAUUGUUGGUGGUUUCUGCCACAAUGCUGAAGGACCGGACAAACUUAACCACUAAACUUAGACAACACACACAUUACUGCAAACUGUUAUAUCUGCUUCUCUAGUGUGGUGGUGAAAACUGUACCUAUAAUAACAAUUGUACAAUAGUUACCAUAUGUGUACAAUCAUUUGACCGACUUACAUGCUUUCAAUACAGCACACACUUAACUGCCAAAAGUAACACAAUGAUCAUUUUACCAUUUUGUGAACCUGAUUAGUUGCUCCAGUGAGGAAGGAGUUCAACAUCUGGCAGCGCCGUGUUUUCAUCAAGUUUGGCCCAAAGAAGACAGAGCAAAUACUAAGCUUAAACAUUGCUGCAGCUUCACAGCUAACAUUUUAGCAAAUAAUGACCCACUUAUGUAUCCAGCAGACAAGAAAAUCCUAUUUCAACUAGUUUUAGCAAAUGUACACAUCCAAUAGAGUCUUUAUCCUGUUAGCUGUUUUGAACACAUUUGGAUGGCUUUAUCUUACUUUGCAUCUGUACAGCCAAAACAAUGAGCUAGGAUAUGAUGAUAUGAAGCUUAAUUUGAUUUCACAUUUGUUUACUCAAAUAAUUGGUAAAUUCAGGCUUAAAAUUGAAAAGUGUUCACAAGUGCAAGAAAUUCACCUCCAGACCUCCAUGUUGGCACCAGCUCUGCUCACUUUGUAGAAUAAUAAUGGAAAUGAAAGACCUGCACCAAAAUCCUGCUCAAGAAAGAUUAGUCAUCAUAUUCAUUCUCCAGCCAAUCACAGUCAAUGUGAAGAUCUAAUCCUGCUUCACAUCUUAUAAAUACCUAAAGCUACUAAAAACUCACACAUAUUUCACUCGUCUUUUUUUCAUGGAACCCGAUAAACUCAACAAACUAUGGUUUCCAUCCUGAAGACCCUAUAUGUACAGCACUAACUACUGAUUGCCAUUCAUGAACUCUUAACCUGACUUAGCAAUGUGAAUCUUUAAAGUGUGCACUAUCUGGUUGGAAACUUUUUUUAUUGUCACAAUGUUAAUAUCAACUUGCAUGCAACCACCCUCUGGACUUAUUCUAACCACAGAUAUCCAUCUUAUAGAGAGAGUUUCAUCACAAGAGGUUUAACUUGGUGUCCACUGCUUUUUUUCCCCACAUUGAAAUCUCUCAUAACAAAAGCAAAGGUCUUCUACACUGAGUCUGAUACGGAGGCCCUGAGAGGAAAGAGAGGAAAAAAUAAUUCUGUUAAUCCAUUUUAUAAGUUUUAUCUAAUUGGUUGUCGCUUCUGUGCUUAUGACUGAAGAACAUUUGGCAAUACAAGGGUUUGUGAAGACAAUCUUUCUUUAUGCCUGGAUUGUAUUCUCCGAAGAGGUGUGGGGAAAGGGUUUUGCGUGGAGUUUUUCGAAAUUACCUUUAUUUCAUCUUUGAAAACAUUUGGGGGAAAAAAUGUGGGCAUGUGAAAGUAAGUUAUUGCUUCUUGUUGAGAUAUUAAUAAAUUAUGGUUAUUAAUGUAUCCCAAUAACAAUCGAAAAUAAAAGAUUUCCAACUUAGAUAGAUUAUACUGGCAAAAUAGUUCACGUAAACAAAGGAGGAACAAAAUUAUAGAUCAGUCUUAGAAAUAUGAUCAGCAGGAUUCGUUUUCCUCUCAGGGCUUCGUGGUCUGACUAUCGAGUCUCAAAUGACGUUAUACAGGUUUCACACUCUGAAAAGAGUGCACAUCACAUCUUGUAAUGAAACUCUUCAAAUGUAAACUGCGUUCUGUAUUUUGUACACGUUUCCACAGUUAUGACAUCAGGACAGUGAGUUGUGCAUGUUACCUUAGUUAGAAAGCACCCGGUAGGCCCAUUGUUGUGCUAGCUCAGGGAAAGUCUAUUUACUGUCUCUGAUAGAUGCUGUGGAUUUAUUAAGUAAACCUCAACUUUAACAUGUUCAGUCAUUGUACUGCAGCCAGUGGACACACCACAUUUCACUGCUUUAAAGAUAUCAAUAUUUUCCUCUUGUUUGUUUUUGUCUGUACAUUUAACCAUAUAAUAUCUCACCAGUUUAUCUCUAUUAUGUAUGCCGUGUCUUUUACUGUAAUGUUAUUGGUGUUUUGAAUGCAUACCGACAUAUUCGACAGUUUUAGCUGCUUUGCGAUGUUUCCCCUCACACCUUCACACGCUCCUUGCAUUUUCAUGCAUAAAUGUUUGCCAAAAUGCAUAUUGCCAAAAUCUGCUCUGAGCUAAUCACAUAUACAGAAUAAUAAAUGCAACUGAAUCUACAUAUCAGACUCGUCAUGGUGACUAUAGCCAUAAUGUUUUGAAACACUGGAGACAGUUUACACUUGAUGUAGAACUAUGGAGCACUGUAAGGUUGCACAAUAUCAUUAGUCAUGUCAUCUUACUCUAUUUACCUCUUAAACCUUUACUCACUUGCUACAUGUCAAUGUUGAAGGUGAUUUUUGUUGAGUUAAAUGAAAUAUGUAGCGUACACAGGUGAGACGAGGCGUUUAUGGAUCAGGGAUUGGCUGUACUGAUACGGGUAGAUGGAGCAUGGUGUCUGUGUUUCUAAAAAGGCUCACAUAAUAAAGAGCCUCACCCUCACAAGAGUAUUGUAUUUUUCUAACAUUUACUCUCAAGCUCAGUAUUUGUAUUCAGCACCAAUGAGUGUAAUUUACCAUUUAUUGCACAUAUUGUUACUCACUAUGACAGGUAUUCUCCCCAAUAAUAACAGUGAUGUUUUUGUGUGACAGUCACCUUACAGUACCAAUUGAGAAUUGUAUAUUACUGAUAUUCUUUGUUUUAUGUAAAAGAUGAAAUAAAAAAUAUAAAAUAAAAUUAACUAUUUCAAUACUUACAUUAAA